AUGAAUCAUGAUUCUAAUAUAGAUCUGCACGAUAUGUUCGAUCUGAAUACAGAAAUUGACUUUGAAACAGCAUAUCAAAUGCUUAGUAACAUCGAGAAUGCAUCGCCGAAUUAUGAUGAUAAACAUUUGAAUUUCGUCAGUACACGCUCACACCUACAUAAUGACAUGUCUAAUAUGUUUGACUAUCCUCAUGGCCACCUCCAAGGUCAUUUUCAGGAGCCUCAAGAGCAGCAUCAUCAAGAUAGUCAGCUUGUGCAUCAGCGUAACGGUCACUACUAUAACCACAGGCACCAGCAUAACGGUCAUGGUCAUGACUAUAAUCACAAGCACCAACUUCCGCUUCAGCAUGACUUGACAAGCAUGCAUUCGACUGCCCCUUAUGCCAAUGGCAUUGCUGGCGACGAGCUUUUAAGCACGUUUGAAACAAAUGCAAUAGAACAUUUUUUGGACACACUAAUAACAAACGAUAAGUUAGAUAAGCAAAAUUCCAAUAGUGAUUCUCUAAAUAGUACUUUUGUGACGAACGAUGUUACUCGUAGUCCAAAAAAACGUCAGUCUCAAAAGGCCAUCGCAACACUAGUAAAAGAGAUACCUGUUCAUAAUGAGGAAACGCCCACCCAUUUUGAAGAAAAAUAUAAUCCAGGCACAUUACUUAUUCCUGAAAUAAAGAUUGACGAUAGUAAAAUACCUGUAGAAAUAAUGAAUGAUAUGAAUAAAGUAAAGAAAUGGAAGCACGUGCAAGUAGAGAAAAUACGACGUAAUUUAAGUAGAGAUGCCUUUGAUGAGUUGAUCGCCCUACUAUCAAAUAGAAGCACCAUAACUGUUAGCACAAAACGGGUGCCAAAGCAUAUUCUUCUUAGCUAUGUAAUUGAAGACAUCAGAAGUAUUGUCAAUGCUAACAAGCAAUUAGAAUCAAUGCUACAAGCCUAG